UUUUUGGUAGGGCCUGUAGUGACAGGACAAGGGGUGAUGGUUUUAAACUGAAAGAGGGUAGGUUUAGAUUGGGCAUAAGGAAGAAAUUUUUAUGAUGAGCGUGGUGAGACACUGGAGCAGGUUGCCCAGAGAAGCUGUGGAUGCCCCAUCCCUGGAAGUGUUCAGGGUCAAGUUGGACGGGACUCUGAGCAACCUGAUGUAGUGAAAGAUGUCUCUUCCUGUGGCAAGGGAGGUUAGACCAGAUGAUCUUUGAAGGUCCCUUCCAACCCAGACCAUUCUAUGAUUCUAAGAAGUGGGUAUCCACAUCUACUUUAUCCUUACUUCAUUAAAGAAAUAUUUCAAAGAUCCCAUAGUACAAUAGUUUGGAAGUCUGUGAACAGUCUUUUUGUAUGAGAUCCCAUCGAACUGUCUUAGGAGGCACAAGUACUGGCAGAGAAAGUCAUGUCUGUGAUGUAAGAGGAGAGUGAUAGAUGAGCUGAUUAGGUAUAGCAGUGAAAUGACUACCUCAGUCAAGCUGGUUUAAUUUCUUAUCCAAUGAGACAGUGUGAGAAGGGUUUGCUAUUUCAAUGACAUGUUCAUUUACUUUGCAUCCAUUGGUUUCAGAAUCCAAAUCUGGGUAAAAAGUACCAUUAAGUCUUUCUGAAAUGUCGCUCAAACAUGAAAGCCUAGAGAAAACUCUUUCUGGGGUAGAAACAAGCCUCCAAGAUGAUCCUUACUUAAUUUUAGUUAAGACUGAAUGCAGUCUCUUUAUUUAUCUUUUCAGAGAAUACUGUCCAGAAUAUGAGCACCUGAGAAAAACACUGGAGAAAGCUCAAAAUAAGCAAAAGAGAGAGCAGCUGGAACACUUGUGGAAGAACAUGGGCAGCGUUUUUGUGCAGGGCAACACACUUGCAGGGUCUGAUGAUGCUUCUGCAAUGGGUCCCUCCGAGCUGAUCCUAACACGAGGAACUCCUGACGAAGAAGAAGAGAGGCAGAGUCAUACUGAUGACAUUGACCAUGAAGUUACUGAGGAGAGUCAUGAAGAACCAGCUUUCAGAAACUUUAUGCAAGAGAUGCGGAUGAAAUACCAGAGAAGCAUCAAACCGAGUGAAUGAGACCUUCAGAAGUAGAGGGUUUGGAAUCCCUUGUAAUGGAGUUAAAAUAACUGUUGGCUAUAUGAGUUGAAGGUCUUGUAUCCAACUGACUGCACGUUUGGCUGUCUGCCACUGUGACUUCCUGAAGCUGAAGGAAUCGGAUAGGACUUUCUUUUGCUCCAAAUUCUUUAGAUGUGCCUGUUGAGAGCUCAGAUUUUGAGCUCUGACAGUAUUAGCGUCUAGAGUAUUUCUUGGUCUCCAGAAGUGUGUUCUGUUCAC